AUGCGACUAACCAACUGCGCCAGCCCUCAGAGUACACGUGUCACCCGGUUGGUCUGCAGGGAGCGCCGCCUGCUGAUGAGCGACCAGUCGACCUCGACGGAGACGAUCCAGAGCGUGGCCACCACCAUCGUGCACGAGAUCGUCCACCAGUGGUUCGGCGACCUCGUCAGCCCCGACUGGUGGACCUACCUGUGGCUCAACGAGGGCUUCGCCUCCUACUGGCCCUGCCAGCUGGACCUGGCGCUCGAUGUCGGCGAUGACUGGCGCAUGGCGGACCAGUUCCUGGUUCUGGGGCUCCAUCCAGCUCUGCGUGAGGACGCAUCCUCCGCCACGCACCCCAUGACCUAUAACGUCAGUACGCCACAGCAAAUUGCGGCCAUCUUCGAUACCGUCAACUACGACAAAGCCGCGUCUGUCAUCCGUAUGUUCGAGCACAUACUUGGAACUGACAGUUUCCGCGCCGGCCUGAAGACGUAUCUUCAAAACAAAGCCUACGGCGCAGCCACAGAGAUAGAUCUCUUCGCAGCACUCGACGCACAGAUUGGAGGCACCAGGGGUUUCCAGACGUUCAAGCUGGGCGACAUCUUCCUCGGCUGGACUCGCAAUGCCGGUUACCCAGUCGUCACUCUCACCAGGGACUACAACACCAACACCGCCAGCAUCAAGCAGGAGCGCUUCUAUGACGACCCUGACGACACAAAAGACGACAGCACCGCACCAUGGAUAGUGCCUAUCACGCUGGCGUGGCAGCAGGACAUGUUCCAGAACACCGCACCGAGCAGCUACCUGAUUCAAGACACUCCACUGGAGCUGGACAUGACGGCCUCGCCGGACCAGUGGGUGGUGAUGAACGUCCAGCAGACAGGUUACUACCGGGUGCAGUACGACGAGCAGAACUGGCAGCUGCUGCAGUCCCAGCUGGAGUCCGACCCGUCGCAGAUCCACCCACUGUCCAGAGCCCAGAUCCUGGACGACGCACUGGCCCUGGCCUCGGCCAGCCAGCUGGACUACGAGUUGGCGAUGGACCUGACGCGCUACCUGGACCGCGAGACCGACCCCCUGCCGUGGAUGGCCGUCCUGCCCAACUUCGCUCUCCUCUACCAGAGGCUCGCCAAUUCUGACCUCCAGCAGAACUUGAUGGUGUACCUGACGACAUUAAUGGAUCCCGUAAUGGAAUGGCUAGGAGGCUUUGAGGAACGGUCCGACUUGACACAUGUGGAGAGGGUUCUGCAUGCUCAGCUUCUUCCCUGGGCAUGUCGUGGCAACCUACACAACUGCAGAGACCUGUCUAUUGAAGAAUUCAGCUGGAUCACUGACAGCAGUGCCAGGAGCGUCAGUGCUGAUCGGCGGUCGGUUGUCUACUGUGAAGGCCUGGCAUCGACUACCAGCAGUGCCAUAGGGGAGACAUUCAGCACGCUGUGGGCACGCUUCACAGACAGUGUGACCGCCCCCAAUGAGAAGAACACCCUCCUGAAUGCUUUCGGCUGCAUCACCCACGAGGCAACAGUCCACAGCUUCCUCGAGAAGGCAGUGAAGAAGGACGGUGUUCGCCUACAGGAUGUGCAGACCGUCUUCAGCAGCGUCAUCUCCAGUCCUCAAGGCGCACAGUUUGCGCUCAGCUAUCUGAAGCAGCACAAUGAUGAGGUCAAAGCAGUAUUGGAAGAAAUCGAGAAGACAUCAAGUGUGGUGAACAGCAUGGCCCAGUGGCUGCCAGCAAAUCAGAGAGCAGAGUUGCUCGAGGCCGUGUCCAGCUGGGGAAUCAGCGAGUCUCUGGAAAAAACCAUCAGCUCGCUGGACAGGUGGAUGGAAAGGAAUGAGCCGACACUCAGGACGUGGCUGCAGAAUGGUGGAAGUCCUUACAAACCACCUUCAUGUGAACAUUUGAGCGAGGAUUCAGUUGCAGACAACAGUGAAUGCAAUGAUGAAGAUGAGCAGGUUGGUCCAAUGACAGGCACUGUGAAUAACAGUGAUGAGUGGAGUGACAUUCCUCAAGAUCCAUCAGUAUUUGUGUUCAAUGAGGAAAUAAGACUUUAA